CCAGCACGGUACAGUAAAAACGGUGGAAUAUUUCUCACGUGCUCUGUUAAAUCGUACAACAAAUAUGUAAAACAGAUUUUUAUUAUCAUAUGCACUUUGGUCAAAUUUAUUAACGAGAAAGACGAGGUAAAAGUAAGAUCAACUACAAUUUUAUACUAUAAAAUACAAACAUUAUAAAAUAUAAAAUAAAAUACAAUAUACAAGGAAAAACGAAGAAGAAGAAUCAAAAUAAACAAUACAAGAGCAAAAGUUAACUUGCAAUAUAAAUACGAGAGCCCGUGCGCAAAACAAUUAACAAUACAAUUUAAUUUUACAAUGUAAUGAUGCAAUGCAGGUAACAGGUAAAGUGGUCAUAAACUGUGAGUGUAAAGUGUGUUUAAAUUGUCAAUGCUUAGUUCAAAUAGUAUGAGGUGUUAUUUGCUAAAGUGCAGCGUGCAGUUGAGUAUUUUAUAAAAGAAAAUUUUGUGAAGUGUAAAGCUGUGAUUUUGUAGAUUUUUUAUUCAAUACAUUUUAAUGACAACAAUAUUUAUAGCCUAUUUAAUCUUUAUUAAACUGGUCUAUUCAUUAUAAAAUAUCUCUCAUGCAUACAUUGCUCAGUUUUACGGUUUUUAUUUACAAAUAUUUUAGUCAUAUAAACCAAAGUAUCUUUUGCUGUGCCUUUCUAGUUUUCCAUUAACUGUAUCAUUGAUUAAAUCUGUCUGGAUCUCCCUUCUACAUUUACAGAGAGUCUGCGCAUGCGCGCGCACCCACUACAAGCAGUGUUGUGCGUCUCCAUGUCAACACCUGUUACAAGCCACUUUGAAACUGAGGCCACCAAAGGAUUAAAGCGAGCUGUUCUUAAAUGAACAGGUGCGCAUGGAGACCUGCUUUAUAGAAUAUAUAGGACGACCAGUUUUUGUAUUCAUUUGCGAUUAACACGAGAUAAGAGCAUACAGAAGUUUUGAAGGUUUUAUAUUUGCAGUGCUUCUGUGAGGUUCCUUCAUGGUGGGGAACACAAAAAGAAUGAGUGUUUCUGAAGUCAAAAACACUCAGGAUGAGUACGAGGAUGAUUUUGAGAAAGAUCUGGAUUGGCUUAUCAGUGAGGAGAGCAAGAGUGAACAGGAUCCUGAUGAUUAUGAUAUUGAAGCUCAAAUCGACAAAGAGCUUGCAGAAGAUGAGCUUAAAGAAGACAAAAGGAAAGAUGGGGAUGUGGAUAAUGAUGAAGGAGAGGAAAGGUGGCCAACGCCCAUGGAGCCGUUAGAGGGUGUGUUAGAUCCUGACAACCAGGUAACCUCUCCACAGUUGAAGAAUGAUGAAGAUCUUGAUGAAGAAAAGAAAUACAUUUUAGAUAAGAUCCAAGAGGCUAACAGGCAACUGCAAGACCAAGAACCUCCAGACCACAGCCGCCGCAGACGCCUGCAGUUUAAAGACAGUUUAGUAGAUCUAGUGGUGCCUGCUCAGGAGUUUGAGACUCAGGAGAGAAACAGAGCCCUCUAUAGUGCCUUAGAAGAUGAUGCUGAGGUGUCAGAACAAAUGCAGAAACUAAAGAUCUCUCAUAGUGAAAAGCCAGGAGAUCACACAAAUGAGGAGGAACGCAAUGAAGGAACAAAAGAAGGACGAGUUUUGGUGGAAAAAGAUGGAAAGUUUGACCUAGUUAGUCUAAAGGAGGUGGAAAGUCAAGGAUUGCUACCUCCUUUGGCAAUAUCUCACGGUAAUGAUAAUCUGCAAGGAUCCUCAAGGCAAAGUGAGUCUAGCCUCCAACCUAAUAAGAGUCCCGUAACUUCACCGAGACAACAUUCCACCUCGCCUUUCACCCCUGGCAUUGAGUCCCUGUAUGUCCCUAAACCUCCAGCGAAACGCAGGAACAGACCCAGUUCUGCCAGACCAUCCCAAAGGGGAACAUGGGUACAUGGCACCAAGCGCAGGGUUCAGUCAGCAAAUGGAUCAUCCACACAUGUGACCUUUACCCUCUCACCACAGCAGAAAGAAUUACUGGCCAAACAUCAGGAGCGAAGAGAAAGGCAGGCUAAAGAGGACGAGCAGAAGAGAAAAGAGGAAGAAGAACAGAAGCGACAGGAAAACGAGCAGGCCUUCCAGUCAUGGCUUAUGAGGAAGAGAGACCAAUUACAUGAAGAAAGGAGGGUCCAGAAAGCACAGGAAAUGGAAAGGAUGAGCUGCAAGAGGGACUGUGGUGACCCAGAGAAGUCCUUUAAAAGCUGGCUUCAGAAAAAACAGGAACAGCAGCUAAAAGAAAAACAGCUGGAAGAUAUGAAGAGACUGGAACAGGAGAGCGGCUUUUGCUUGCACAGCCGAGAAGAGAGUGAAAAGGCCUUCAGACAUUGGUUAAGACGAAAGCGUGCAGAGAAACGGGCAGAGCAGCAGGCAGCUCGAGAGCGUUCCCGCAGGCUGGUGCUGGAAGAGAGGAGAGCCAGACGAAUGCGUGACCUGCUCUGCACUGUUAAUGAGAUCAAAUCCUUUCGAUUCAGUGAGCCCUAUGGAAAUCGCUACUGAAGAGAUCCUACUAUAGACCAUUAAUACAACUUUAAACUAUUCAAAUCAUUGUGGUUUCUGCUAAUGAAUCAUCUAUUUAUCAGUAUCUAUGGUUUCCUUUUAAUAUAACAUCUACCUGAUACAGAAGAUGAAAGAACGUUGCUCAGAACACAAAGAGGAUAAUAAAAGACCUCUAAUCUUUCAUUCAUCCUUUUAUUAAUAUACAAAGAUGAAACAGGUGCUUCAGGUCAUGUCCAAGAGCUUUAAGCACUUGAAAUAAUUGCUAUACCGAGAUAAUUUAAUUGAGUGAAUGUUGAAACAUUAGACAUUCUCAUCACCUUGAACAUUAUCCAGUAGACUUUUGCUAGUUUACUACUGCAUAUCUCCUGCAGAUACAAUAAAAUGAAACAGUUCAAACCCAAGGCCACACAUUAACGGUAAUCCAAUCAUCCUUAUCCUCUGGGCUUUGGUUAGGUGGUCUAUAUGUGCCACAUAUUUUAUUAAUGGUUGCUCUUGGUCUGAUAUGCAUGCAACACUGGGCAUGAGUCUUUUUUAUUGUGAUAGCCUAUUAUGUUAAAUGUUUUAAAAUAUUUACAAAACUCAACUUACCUAUCAAAAAUAAAAUGUACUUUUGCAAUUGUCAUG